UCGCGCUUGCGCUCCUGGCUCUGUGGCAUCUCGCGGGCCUUCACUAAGAUAGCGCUGUGUGCAGUGGCUGAAAGUCACGGGCCUGUUUGUCUUUGUGGUGCUGUGCUCUAUUUUGUUCAGCCUGUAUCCGGAUCAAGGAAAGCUCUGGCAGCUGUUGGCCUUGUCGCCGCUGGAGAACUACUCCGUGAACCUCAGCAGCCACGGGGACUCCACGCUGCUGCAGGUGGACCUGGCCGGGGCCCUCGUGGCCGGCGGGCCCAGUCGUUCUGGGAGGGAAGAGCGCCUCCUGGUGGAGCUGACCCAGGCCGACACUUCGGGCUCCAGGUGGCGGCGGCCACAGCAGGUUAUGCUGGUCACUCACAACUGGACGGUGUAUUUAAAUCCGAGGAGAAGCGAGCGCUCCGUGAUGAGCAGGACCUUUGAGGUACUGGGCAGAGAGACGGUGUCCAUCAGCAUCCGGGCCUCCCUCCAGCAGACCCAGGCUGUCCCUCUUUUGAUGGCUUAUCAGUACCUCCACGCGAGUGUAGAAGCCCAAGUGACCAUCGCCACGGCCAUCCUCGCGGGCGUCUACGCGUUGAUCAUAUUCGAGAUCGUGCACAGAACGCUGGCGGCCAUGCUGGGUUCCCUGGCGGCGCUGGCAGCGCUGGCUGUGAUUGGCGACAGACCCAGCCUGACCCAUGUGGUGGAGUGGAUUGAUUUUGAGACGCUGGCCCUGCUGUUUGGCAUGAUGAUCUUAGUAGCCAUAUUUUCAGAAACGGGAUUUUUCGAUUACUGUGCUGUAAAGGCAUACCGGCUCUCCCGGGGACGGGUGUGGGCCAUGAUCAUCAUGCUGUGUCUCAUCGCGGCCGUCCUCUCUGCCUUCUUGGACAACGUCACCACCAUGCUCCUCUUCACGCCUGUGACCAUAAGGUUGUGUGAGGUGCUCAACCUCGAUCCCAGACAAGUCCUGAUCGCAGAAGUGAUCUUCACAAACAUUGGAGGAGCUGCCACUGCCAUCGGGGACCCUCCAAAUGUCAUUAUUGUUUCCAACCAGGAGCUGAGGAAGAUGGUACGUACCAGCAUGCUAGGGUUGCUUCCAACAAACGCAUACCUCCACUUACUUAGCGCUCUACCCCACGUGGACGCCUUUGUUAGAAAUGAAGAUCAUCACGCCACCUCUUCAUAGUAAGUGCUACUGGGCAUCUCAAGAGUGGGAUGUUCGGUGACUGGUCCUUCAAUCCUAGAGUUAACUGGCUUGAAUUGACUUCAUACUCAUUCUGGUCAGUUUUUAAAGAAAUGACUGGAUAGCAUGAUAUAGUUAGUCAUGGUAUGUUAUAUUAAUUUUAUUAAUAGGAACUGAGGUUUCUUCCAACUUACAUUAUAAACAAAAUGACCUGUCCCCUCUCACUAGAGAUACGGGAUUCCCUUCUUAACUGUGGUGGAUUAAUUUACUGAUAAAGGACUUAAAAUUUAUUUUUUAAGGGUCAGAAAUGAAUGUCUUUAGAAAUAAAUUCUUUGAAA